AGGCGGGUCCCCGAGCCACCGCCACAGCAGCCGCCCCCGACCCAGCGCGCCCGCACCAUGGCUGGCCCGGGCCUCGCCUGCUGCCUGCUCGGCCUCCUCGCCCUGACCUCCGCCUGCUACAUCCAGAACUGCCCCCUGGGCGGCAAGAGGGCCGCGCUGGACCUCGAUGUGCGCCAGUGUCUCCCCUGCGGCCCAGGGGGCAAAGGGCGCUGCUUUGGGCCCAGCAUCUGCUGCGGCGACGAGCUGGGCUGCUUCGUGGGCACCGCCGAGGCGCUGCGCUGCCAGGAGGAGAACUACCUGCCGUCGCCCUGCCAGUCGGGCCACCAGCCGUGCGGGAGCAGUGGCCGCUGCGCAGCCGCCGGCAUCUGCUGCAGCCCGGACGGCUGCCGCGCCGACCCCGCCUGCGACCCCGAGACCGCCUUCUCCCAGCGGUGAGCCGGAUGGCCCCGACGGUGGUGCAACACCACGAGAAAUCAUGAAAUAAAAUAAAGCAGAGU